UUGCUUGGCCUCGUUGGCGCCAUUGGCUUUCGGAGCCCGCCUGCGGGCAAUCAUCUGCUCUACAAACCGUCCGAAACUGAUUGUAGAUCAUCAUGGCUCCUAAAAAAGGAGCACGCAAGCAGCCAGACGCAGCUGCAGAGGAGGCCCCUGAGCAGAAGCCCGCCACCAAAGCAGCAAAGCAGGAGAAGCCCCCGGCAAAGGAGACUGUGGCAGCCUCAAAAGCUGACGUUGAUGAUGACAGCAGCGACGACAGCAGCAGCGAUGAGGACAUCGACAUCGACGCCAAUACGGCUGCGAAGCUCAUGGAGCUGGAGCACGAGCUGCAAACCAGCCCCACUUAUGAAAAACAUCUGGAGUACAUCGCCCUGCUGCGCUCGACUCCCGGUCUGCGCACGCGACUGCACGACGCGCACGAGGCGCUGGCUGCCAAGUUCCCCCUGAGCGAGGAGCUGUGGCUGGCCUGGGUCAACGAUGAGCUGGCGGCGGUCAACGGCCCGGAUGACGUGGCGGGCCUGCUGAGCCUGCUGCGCCGUGCAGCUGCCCGCGACUACCUGGCGCCGGGCGUGUGGGACCUGUACCUGGAGGUGGCCCACGACCUGGACCCGGAGGUGAAGGAGCACAGCGGCGAGGGCGCCGACCGCUACCGGGCGCUGUGCGAGGAGGCGCUGGCGGCGGCGGGGCUGCACCUGGCGGAGGGGCACAAGCUGUGGGCCAAGUACAGGAAGUACGAGCUGGCGGUGGAGGCCAAGGCGGCGGCUGCGGGCCAGCGCGUGGCGGCGGGCAAGGCCACGGACCGGGUGCGGGCGCUGUACCAGCGGCAGCUGGCGGUGCCGCUGGCGGACACCGCGGCCGUCAUGGAGGAGUACAAGGCCUGGGAGGCGGGGCACGGCAAGGCCGUGCCGGCGCACGUGAGCAAGGCCGCGGACAAGGCGCGUGAGGCGGCAGAGCUGCGGGCCGGCUGCGAGGCGGCGGUGGCGGCCGACCAGCCCGCCGACGUGGCCAAGCUGGGAGCCUUCCUGUCCUACAUCAAACUGGAGCAGAACGCCGGUGACGCAGACCGGGUGCAGACCGUGUACGAGCGCGCCGUGGCCGCCUUCCCGCUGACGCACAGCCUGUGGCUGCAGUACGGGCAGUACAUGGAAACUGCAGCUGCCGGGAAGCUGCCAAAGGACAAAGUCAACGCCGUGUAUGAACGCGCCACGCGUAACUGCGCCUGGGUGGGCGCGGUGUGGGAGCGCUGCCUGCGGGCGCUGGACCGCACGGGCGCGGCGCCAGAGCUGCUGCAGGAGACGUAUGAGCGGGCGCUGGCGGCGGGUCUGCAGUCGGCCGAGGACUACAUGGCGGUGGUGCUGGCGCGCCUGGACGCCCUGAGGCACCGCGCCGUGGCGGCGGCGGAGGCGGCCGAGGCGGGCGGCGGUGGCGCCGCCAAGAAAGCCGCGGCGGCUGCGGCGGCGGCGCUGCGGGCGGGCUUCAGCUCCACCACUGAGCUGCUCAUGUCGCACUUCCCCGACUACGUGGACAGGUCGCUGCGGCUGCCUGGGUACUGGGCGGCCUGUGAGGAGCACGUGCUGGGCGACGUGGCCGCGGCGCGGGAGGUGUGGGAGGGAGCCAUCAAGGGCGGCAUGGGCAGGUUCGCGGAGGUGUGGGAGGCCUACAUCGCCCUGGAGCGGUCCGCCCGCCGGACCAAGGAAGUGCGCGCGCUGUACAAGCGCUGCUACAGCCGGGCCUUUGAGGAGGACGGCCAGCUGCGGCUGAGCCACGCCUGGCUGCGGUUCGAGCGGGAGGAGGGCAGCGCGGAUGACUACCUGGCGGCGCUUCUGAAGGUGGAGCCCAUCCUAGAGGAGAGCGCUGCCGCCGCUGCUGCUGCCGCAGACCAGGCUGCCGCCGUGGCCGCCAAGGCCGCCGUGCAGAAGGCCAAAGUGCUCUCAAAGGAGGAGAUGAAGGCGAUGCGCCAAGCGGCCGACCCCAACUUCGACCCGGAGAAGGCCAAAGAAAAAGAAAAGAAGAAAGGCGCAAAGUCGACCAAGCGCGUGCGGUCUGAGGAUGAGGGUGAUGGCGCCAUCACUAGUGGCGAUGCAGAGGAGGCUGCACCGGCGUCGACCAAGCGGGUGCGAAUCAGGGAGCCAGAGGCUGCGCCCGCCGCGGCUGUGCCUGCGGCCGCAGAGGCCAAGGCUGACGACGGGGACGCGGAGAUGGGCGAGGGCGCGCACGAACAGGAGCACGAGCACGGGGGCGGAGGAGAGGGGCAUGCGGACGAGGGCGGCGCGGCGGGGCCCGGCCCAGGUGCGGCACACGGGGGGGCGCCGAGGCCGCACUACACCGACAAGCAGACGGUCUUCAUCAAGGGGCUCCGGCCGGCUGUCAAGGACGAGCAACUGGACGAGUUCCUGAAGAAAUCGGUGCCGGACGGAAUCAAGGACGUCCGCAUCAUUCGUGAUGCCGCUACGCGGCAAGCAAGGGGUUUCGCCUACGUGGAGUGCGCUUCCCGUGAGGCUCUGGACAAGCUGGUCUCGCUCAACAGCACGCCCUUCCAGGGUGUGUCGCUGUUCAUCGCGGAAUCCAAGCCGCCAGGCCACGGCGGACCGGGCGGGCGAGGGCGCGGCGGCCGCGACGGUGGCGGCGGCCGCGACGGCGGCGGCGGCCGCUUUGGCGGGCGCUUUGGUGGGCCGCCGGGGCGGGGCGGCUUCGGUGGCCGGGGCCGGGGAGGUUAUGGCCACGCAGACGCUGACGGCGAUUCCGAGAUGGCGGACGCCGGUGGCGGCGAUGGACACGGAGGCCGGGGCGGGCGGGGUCGUGGCAGCGGCCGCCACGCAGGGCUCGGCCACCCCGGCGGGCGCGGCCACAUGCGCACACACCUGGAAAUCGCACCAGGCACGGGCCCGGCACCCACGACGCUGGUGCCGCGCUCCGUGCAGCUCAGCGGCGGCGCGCAGCAGCAGGCGCAGCAGGGCGAGGCCAUGACCAACGAUGACUUCCGCCGCAUGCUGCUAGGCGGCAAGUAAGCUAGUACGAAUGUGGCUCCAAGAGGGCAGGUAUAGCUGUUCGAUACGGCAGUUGGAGCAGUUCUUGCAUGGCGUGCCGUCUCUGGCCAGUGGGGGAUGCUGAAGCUUGCGGCACGGCCUCUUUGGCAGCGGUAGGCGGCUUGGCGGGCGGUGGUGGCUGGGGUUGUGUUGUUCGUGGAGAGCUGGAGGUGCUUAUGGGAGGUUGGGCAGUUGAGGUUGUGGUGCACUUGUCAGUGGGAUGGCAGGUGCGACAGUAUUGUUCCUGUGACAGCGUUAAGGCGCAUACGGAAGGCAGUAGAAUGAAGGACCGCUGAGUCAGAACCACAACGUCUCCGCAUGUGACUGUGACCUCACCCAGGGGCACGGCCAGGCCCGUCAAUGGAUCGACACCGGCAGUUACAGUCCUGAGAGAUCGACGUGGCUUUGAGAGUUUAAGACCAGCAGUGAGA